UGUGCCAGUGAAUACAGCUGCUACCACUCUUUAAAUCUACAGGAGAAAGACAGAAAGACAGAAAAAAGAAAGAAAGAAAGACAGAAAAGAUUGUUUAAACUCCAAAACAAACUUUCUCCUGUUGGGAAACAGAAGCAGCAGCGAAGAAAACGUGUUGAAUCAUCACCAUAUAAACACAGAUCAUCUGUUGGAGGAGCUCAACUCGUAAACUGUCAUGGCUCCCAGCUUGGCCCAGGCAUACAGGAGGAGGUGGUGGAUGGCCGUCACAGCCAUCAUAGAGAACCUGCUCUUCUCUGCUGUUCUGCUGGGCUGGGCCUCACUGCUCAUCAUGCUGAAGAAUGAAGGCUUCUAUUCCCACCUUUGUAUCGAAAAUGAGACUGUGCACACCAACGUGACCUCAACGGAGAGCGGCCACUGGCUGAGCUGUGUGGAGCAGGAGGAGAUGUUGAACCUUGGCUUCACUAUUGGCUCGUUCCUCUUGAGUGCAGCAACUUUACCUCUGGGGAUCCUGAUGGAUAAAUAUGGGCCGCGCCCGCUGAGGCUCAUUGGCAGUUCAUGUUUCGCAUCCUCCUGUGCAAUGAUAGCUGUGGCUGCAUAUAAUCCUGAAGUGCUGUCUGGUCUCAUCUUCCUCGCUGUCUCCUUCAACGGCUUUGGAGGAAUCUGCCUGACCUUCACUUCACUCACACUGCCGAACAUGUUUGGGAACGUACGAUCAACCAUCCUCUCCCUGAUGAUUGGCUCCUACGCUUCUUCAGCCGUUACCUUCCCUGGUGUCAAGUUGAUUUAUGACCUCGGCGUGUCGUUCCGUGUCAUCAUGUGGGUUUGGUCGGGUAUGGCCUGCUUGGUCUUCGUCAACUGCUUCCUAAACUGGCCUGCUGAGUCCUUCCCUGCACCUGAAGACGUCAGAUACACUAAAAAGGUGAAGCUGACUGGAGUUGUGACAGAGGACAAGGUGACUGGAGAGACAUAUGUCACACAUGUGACUCACGUAGAGGACAUGAUGGGAGCUAAGCAGCCCGAACCCGACCAUACAAACCCCAAAGGCACAACCCAGGACUCGGUGCCACUCUGUCGCUCUGUGUGCUCUCCCAUCUUACUGUGGAGUCUCAUCACCAUGGCGAUGACCCAGCUCAGGCUGAUCUUCUUCAUGGGUGCCAUGAACAAGAUGCUGGAGUUCCUGGUCACCCAUGGGGACCCCAACCCCUCACAAGAGCUGCUGAAUGAGGUGGACGAACAAGUCGGUUUCUACUCAUCUAUCUUCGGCUCAAUGCAGCUGCUGUGUCUGCUGACCUGUCCUCUGAUCGGCUACAUCAUGGACUGGAGGUUGAAGGAGUGUGAAGAGGAGAAUGCAAACACACAAACAGUGAAGAGUCAAUCAGAUCCCCCAAAGAGAGACAGAAAGAUCCAGAAACUGACCAACGCCAUGAGAGCUUUCAUCUUCACCAACCUCCUAUUGGUCACCUUCGGAAUAAUUUCCUUGAUUGACAACCUGCCCCUACAGAUGGUGUCGUUUGUUCUGCACACCAUAGUGAGAGGAUUUAUCCACUCCUGCUGCGGAGGUCUCUAUGCUGCUGUGUAUCCAGCCAAUCACUUUGGGACACUGACAGGCCUGCAGUCAAUGAUCAGCGCUGCUUUCGCCUUGCUCCAGCAGCCUCUGUUCAUGCUGAUGGUGGGACCCCUCAAAGGAGAUCCUUACUGGAUCAAUUUUGGCCUCCUCAUCUUCUCUCUGGCUGGCUUCCUGUUGCCGGGCUAUCUCUUCUAUCACCGUAGAAAUCUGAUCAUAGCAAAGACGAAGCGUGACAGGUUGGCUGCCAGCCAACCAGAGAAUGCUCCUCUUAACCCAUCAGAUAUUGCAAAGGACCAACCCAAUGGGCAUGCAGCUAAUGGAUACACACCAAAUGGGCACACUGCGUAAGAUGAGUGAGUGCAACUUCACUCUGGUUUGAAAACUUUGACAUCGAGCAAAAACAACAAGACAGCAAUAAGUUAAGCCUUAUUUAAAAAACAAACAAAACUCAAAGAUUAUAGCCAGCAGUAUUAUUUUUUCAGUGAUUUUUAUUGAGAAAGUACAAAACAGGUAUGGCAACAUUUACAUCCAUUGAUACAGCGAAGAAAAUGCAAACCGUAUUUUAGAAAACAGAUUUAAUUUCAGGCUUCUCAUUUAGAAAACACUGAAUUUUCACUAGACUCCAUCAUGUGGUCAUUUAAAAAUAACACGUAAAAGUGUCUAGUUAGCCGGUCGCUCCACAAUUUGAGUCUCAGCUCGGCUCCUUUUAGUGUGGACUACAUGUUCUCUCUCCGGUUUAUGAGGGUUUGCUUUCUCCACAAACACUCUGCAAGGGCUUUCACAUCAGGGACCGGGGCCCGAAUCCGAGUAUGCUUGACCCCAAAUUCCACUUCACUUGAUUAGUGUGAACACUGUUUAUUGUGCUCGGGUCCACUUGAAAAAGUGUGCUUGGUCACACAGUUCCCUGUUCACAACUGUCACCAUCUGUCUGUGCGUGGAGCCCUUUUCUACUAUGUAACACAACGAAAAUGUCAUGAAGAUCAUGACGCAAGCAUACUCAGGUAAGGAGCAGCAUUACUAAUGUGAUAGCUGAGUAGUGGGAAAGUGGAGAGUGGGCGGUCGAUUGUAUCGGGGGACCGUACAAAUCAUACCUAUUAUGAAAACGCCCAGAACUGCCCAUAAGUGAGAAUAUGUGUACAAAUGAUGAACCAGUGAACUGCAUGCUGGGAAAACUUCCAGUGCCCAAACCCUUGCCUUGACCCAAACAAUGACAUAAAAACUCAAGGACCAUACAGAGUUUCUGCAGGUUUUGUUCUAUUAAUUGCCUAGAGUAGCCCUACUAGAGUAUUUGCAGACUACACUUAGGCUCAUAUGGGAUUAAAUAAUUAUUGAUAUACUCAGGGGCCAGUCCCAUCCGGGCCUUAAAAGUAAUAAUUAAUAUCAUAAAAUUAAUUUGAAAAUGCAGAGGUAGCCAGUGUAAUGAUGCUAAAAAUGGAGUUAUAUUAGAAAUAGUGAAGAGGCAGGCAGCAGCGGCAUUUUGAAUGUUAUGUAUGUAACUGUAUGUUACCACUGCGAUAUUUUGCGUUUGUUUUGUUAUCAAAUGAAAUAAUGUUACCACUAUUCAAGAUGCUGACCGUUUUUUUAGUUAACUGUCUGUUUAGGUAACUGAAACAAAGAACGAUGAGUGAGGAUGGUGAAAAAUAGAUUACUAUGAUUGUAACAGCUAGCUAUGGUAAAAUCAUUAACCAGGGUUAUGUUUAUUUAAUUCCUGUGUUUGCACCUGUGUAUCUAUUGAUAGAUAAUCAAAAGGCUCUGAACAACAACAUCUUUCAAACUGCUAGAAUUGAUAGUUUCAUGAUAACAAUAUAUCCUCAGCUUUUGUAGUUUUUAGCUCAUUGUUUAGCCGUUCGGACCAUAACUUUACUGUUCUGGUUCACUCUCACGGCUCUCAUAUUGUCAUUGUCAGCUGCAGCAGGUGGCUUUUUUUUCAGAGAACAAGCACCAAAAACCCACUGUGCACUACCUGCUUAGCACCAAACUACAAUUAGCAAGUAGCUGGGGGGGUAUUUACCAGCUGAGGAGUCAGAUAUCUUUCUCAGAAGUUGGUGGAGACCAAAACAGAGCUAAAAGAGAGUGAAUAUUGGAUAUUGAAUAUUGCAACUGUUGCUGCUAACAAGUAAUACAUUAGCUAAAUAGGUGAUGAUAGUGUACGUCCAGCCCAGUCGCCAGAGGAAAACGUUUGCAUUACAUGUUUCUGCAAACCACAGAUACAUUGCAUUUGCACAUUUCAUACGAAUAUAUCAAUGUUUCUAAAGUGAUGUAGUAUAUGAGCUAACUUUGUCAUUGGCAGGUGAAAGAGACAGUGGAUGGUGUGUCUCCUGGGUAAGAUGCUUGCAAAGGAGCAGACCACUAUUGGGGACCAACAAACAACAAAACUGGUUGUGAUUUAGCGAGUCACUGCUAAAUCAUCAAAUAUGAGUGUUUUGUUGCUGAUUUUCCUGCCAGGAUAGUGACUCAAAAAGCUGUUGUUUUUUACUGAAACUGCUUUUCCAGCGGGGAUUGUGCCCCCAAAACUAGGUGUUUUAUCUUGUCCUAACCACAACCAAGUGGUAUUCGAGCCUAAACCCAACCAUACAUAAAGCAUUGUUGAAAUGUUAAGUUUCAAUGUAUCCCUACAUAGUAAUGUGCAAUUCCAGUGUAUCUGUGGUUUGCUGAACCGUACAAUGCCAACAGUCUUUCUUGCAGUCGGGUUCGUAUGUCAAUAUAAUAUUCACAACAUGUUUCCACUGCUCUAAGUGGCCAAAAAAGGCCUCAGCUCUGUCUACUGCCAGCAGAUUUCUAGUACAAAACCACUGAAUGUAAUUUGAUCACUAUAACUUUUGACUUGUGGUGUUUUAUGGCAUGCUCCCUUGUCCAGAGGUAAUGUCCUCCAAAAUGAAGGAAAAUAAAUCAGACAUAGCAUAAAGCAGAACACUGCUGCCGGGCAUUAAAACAAUUAUUAGCACCAUUCAAUUAGGCAAGAAGCACAUUUUACGAGCUUAUUUAAACUUGCAGCUCACUUCCCUCUGCACUCAGACUGAAUUAUUAGCAUUAGCAACAAGCAGCCUUUCCAUGUGCCACCUGUCAAAUAAUCUGUUUGAUAUAUGCAGUGGCAGUUUGUGACAUUGACUGUCACGUAGCAACCAACUCUAAUACUGAGAUAAAGUUGAUUCAACAAAUGUAACUCAAUAGGUUUGCUCUAUCUAAAUGAUAAUUUAAACAUUUUUAAACCUGAAUGUUACACGAUAAAGACUCAAAAAGUUUAAGACUUUUUGUUCUAUAAAUAAUAAAUAGAUUUUGGCCCCCUCCUCCUCACCUGUGCAGGCACAGUUAUGGAGCUCAUACAACAAAAAUUACGUGUUAUUGAGUAUAAAAAAUAAAUAUUGUAGUGGCUACAGUAGUAACUAUAGCGGCUUUAUUUUACUGUUACAAUUCAAGAAGCUUGAAUGUAGCAAAGCCAGCAGCACACCACGAUGAUGAAUAAAGAUUUGAAACUGUGAUUUGUUGUGAAUGCCUUCAGGCGGAGAGCACAACAUGGCUUCUGGUUAAAUCUGUGAAUAGAGAGCUUGUACAGUGUUAAUAGAAAAUGUGACAAUAGCUUAAUGAUGAAGCUUUGUUUAGUGGUUACAUAAUGAUAUGUAAAAUAGUGGAAAUGUGUGUGACAUAAUCUGCAUGCUUUAGAAGUGCCUUGGGUUGACCUUUAGUGCAAAGUGCAACCUGCUGAUGAAGGCAGCAUACGCACAAAUAAAACAAAUAAAGAAAAAAACUUCUUCUUUUUUUAUGUGCUGCUCAUCUGACAGCUGUUUUACAGACAUAAUAUAAAUUAAGGAGUUUUUUAAAAUACAAUACAAUGCAUCACAAAAACAGGCCAUUGUAUGCUUCAGAAAGCUAGUAUUUAUUGUAUAUCCAUUGCACUGGGUUGGAUCACAAUGUACAUGUGUUGCUUGUGUCGAGUUCACCUACUGUGUUAUUUCAUUGUAUUUCAGUGGUAAUUAAUAUGACUCAUGUCACAGUUCAACUGAGUUUGUUUUUAGGUGAUGAUUAGGACACUAACGUUUUAUCAAAAAAAUAACAGAAUCGCAGACAUUGAAGAGGCAACAUAUGUUACUCAUCUUUAAAAACUGAAUGUCCAGAGAGAAUAUAAUUCAAAAUGUUUUUUCUGUGUAAAUAACUUUUCUCAAAAGAGGAAAAAGUAUUUUAUGUAACAUUUAUUUGGUGUCUGACUUGAUUUGCGAUGUGGCUUUGAUUUGUUGUGAAGAAAUGUAAAGAAUAAAAAAUAAAUGAAUGUG